AACAUAUCUUCGCGUCGUCUGUUCUUCGCAAAUUCCUCUCCAUAUUUCUCAAGUGUUUGAUCGUCGAGAUGCUGUCCAAAGGACGUCAUACAUGUGUAGACCGAAAGCGGGGUAUCCUCCAGUAGUACUCCGUACAUAUUUCAGACUGCCGAGUAGUACCCUCACAUGACCCUUCGACUAUCACGUCCAACUAUUUCUGUUAAAAGUCAUCACGUCUUUCUCCAAACACUCGCUCUCUAGCAAAAACCCAUUGAGCACUUGACAAUGGCCGCCUCGUUCCGCUCUAUCCUCGGCAUGCCCGCCAGCACGGCCUCAACCUCCGACUCAGCCCUCAUCAUCAUCGAUGCACAAAACGAGUACGCAUCGGGGGCGCUCACGGUGACAAAUGCCGCAGCCAGCGGCAAAGUCAUUGCGGAUCUUCUCGAGAAAUACAGAGCGGCGAAUGGCAAAAUCAUCCAUGUGCUACACAAGACGCCCGAGGGGGCACCAAUCUUCACGCCAAACACUGCGCUGGCUGAAGAGUUUAAAGAGCUGAAAGCGAAGGACGGCGAGGAAACAAUCUGGAAGCAGUUCCCCGGCUCGUUUGAGCAGACAUCCCUACACUCUACAUUGGAGUCGUGGGGUGUCAAGAAGGUUGUUUUGACUGGCUAUAUGGCGCAUGUUUGCGUGUCGACAACUGCGCGUGAGGCGUUUCAGAAGGGGUAUGAGGUGAUUUUGGUAGAGGAUGGCAUUGGGGAUCGCGAUAUUCCUGGUGUCAAGGGGGAUGAGGUUACGAGGGUUGCGCUGGCGGAGUUGGCUGAUGUUUUUGGGACGGUGGUUAAGAGCGCGGAUAUCAAGUGAUGGAUACGUUCGAGUUGGUGCCAUUCGUGUGCUAGAAGAAUAUAAUAGAAACUCUCAAUGGUAGUUCAUCCGAGAACGCAGUUACUACCGACUG